CGCACGCAGCCCGCCGGCGGCGAUCCGGAGCCCUCCGCGCCACCGCACCCCCGCCCCGCACGCCCACCGCCGGGAGGAUGGGCUGCGGGCGGCGGCGCGGCAGCCCCUGAGCUCCCCGAAGCCGCGGAAACAAAGGGAGCGAGCAGCGGCAGCACCGGGCCGGGGUGGAUGCAAGCAACCAUGAAAGGCUGGGUCUCCGCCUCCUCCGCUGCUGCCAGAGAGCUGCCGGCUGCCGCUGCUCGGAGGACUACCCUGUGAAGGGGGCGGAGGAGAAGCUGGCUGGGUUCGCCGUGCAAAGGUAGAAGGUGUAAGGGAGAGGCGGCAAGAAAAUGUCUUCUUCGGUGGGGCCCCGCGGCCCUCGCCCGCCCACGGUGCCCCCCCCGAUGCAGGAGCUGCCCGACCUGAGCCACCUGACAGAGGAGGAGAGGAACAUCAUCAUGGCAGUGAUGGACCGGCAGAAAGAGGAGGAAGAAAAAGAAGAGGCCAUGCUCAACUUGGAUACCUGUGGAAUUAGUGACUCUUCUAGACAUGAUUUCAAAACCGCUUCAGGGGAGAAAACUGCUUUCAGUUGGAGGUUGCAUCAACAAUUUGAAAGCUAUAAAGAGCAAGUAAGAAAGAUAGGGGAAGAAGCCCGCCGUUACCAGGGAGAGCACAAGGAUGAUGCCCCAACAUGUGGAAUCUGUCAUAAAACAAAGUUUGCAGAUGGUUGUGGCCAUUUAUGCUCUUAUUGCCGGACCAAGUUCUGUGCUCGGUGUGGAGGUCGUGUCUCUCUGCGAUCAAACAAUGAGGACAAAGUGGUUAUGUGGGUAUGCAAUUUAUGUCGAAAGCAACAAGAAAUCCUAACGAAAUCUGGAGCGUGGUUUUUCGGAAGCGGACCGCAGCCGUCGCCCAGCCAGGACGGGACGCUGAGCGAUACGGCGACGGGCGCAAGCUCGGAUGCACCCAGAGAAAAGAAAGCAAGACUUCAAGAGCGAUCGAGGUCACAGACUCCCCUAAGUACAGCAGCUGCCUCAUCACAGGAAAUCUCUUCUUCCAGUGUGCAGCCUGACCGUAGGAAAGGAGCAGAAGUGUCACAGCCAGCUAUGGGCCCGGACCAAAAGCAAGCUUCAAGGUCUAGAAGUGAACCUCCAAAAGAGAGGAAGAAGGCAGUAUUGGUUUCUGACCAGAAUGGCAAAGGCGUAAAGAGUGAGCGUAAGCGUGUGCCAAAAUCCUCACUUCAAAAAGAAGGACCAACAGAUGACAGGGAGCGUAAAGAGCGGCAUGAAGGUAGAAGGCUGGAGAAAGGCAAGUCACAGGAUUACCCAGACUUGCCAGAGAAACUUGAGGAAGGCAAAGUGCCUGAUGAUGACAAACAAAGGAAGGAAGAUGAAUAUCAUACCCGUUACAAGAGUGACCCCAAUCUGGCAAGAUACCCUGUAAAACCACACCCUGAGGAGCAGCAGAUGCGCAUGCACGCCAAAGUUUCUAAAGCACGACACGAGAGAAGACACAGUGAUGUAGCUUUGCCACACACAGAAAUGGAGGAAGCGGAGGUACCUGAGAAUAAAUUAGGAAAACGCUCACAAUUACAGGGAACUCAGGACAGAAAAUCUCUUGUGGAAACUCAGAGGUCGUACUCUAUAGACAGAACAGGUGAUGUAAGAAUUUCUGUUUCUAAACAAUUAACUAAUCAUAGCCCACCAACUCCCAGGCAUAGUCCAGUUCCUAUAGAACACGUAGAGUACAAGAACCACGAUUCCUUUAUAAAACAGAGCCGCCUUGAUCCUAGCUCUGCUAUUCUCAUGCGAAAAGCAAAGCGGGAGAAAAUGGAGACCAUGCUAAGGAAUGAUUCCCUUAGCUCUGACCAGUCGGAAUCAGUGCGGCCAUCCCCUCCAAAGCCUCAUAGAGCAAAAAGAGGCGGAAAGAAAAGGCAGAUGUCAGUUAGUAGCUCAGAGGAAGAAGGGGCAUCAACACCAGAAUAUACUAGCUGUGAAGAUGUGGAGAUAGAAAGUGAAAGUGUCAGUGAAAAAGGUGACUUGGAUUAUUACUGGCUGGAUCCUGCCACGUGGCACAGCAGGGAGACGUCCCCUAUUAGCUCGCAUCCCGUGACGUGGCAGCCUUCCAAAGAGGGAGAUCGCUUAAUUGGGCGUGUUAUUCUCAACAAGAGAACAACCAUGCCUAAAGAAUCAGGUGCAUUACUGGGGCUAAAAGUUGUUGGAGGAAAAAUGACAGAAUUAGGACGACUCGGUGCCUUCAUUACCAAAGUGAAGAAAGGUAGCUUGGCUGAUGUGGUGGGGCAUCUCAGAGCAGGGGAUGAAGUUCUAGAAUGGAAUGGUAAACCCUUGCCUGGAGCUACAAAUGAAGAAGUUUACAACAUUAUUUUAGAAUCAAAAUCAGAACCUCAAGUUGAAAUCAUUGUUUCAAGGCCUAUUGGUGAUAUUCCACGGAUUCCCGAGACUUCCCACCCCCCAUUAGAGUCUAGUUCAAGUUCAUUUGAAUCUCAGAAGAUGGAAAGGCCUUCUAUUUCUGUUAUAUCUCCGACUAGCCCUGGAGCCCUACGGGAUGCACCUCAGGUCCUACCAGGGCAGCUUUCUGUUAAACUCUGGUAUGACAAAGUGGGACAUCAGUUAAUAGUAAAUGUUCUACAGGCAACAGAUUUGCCACCAAGAGUAGAUGGACGCCCCAGAAAUCCCUAUGUAAAAAUGUAUUUUCUUCCAGACAGAAGUGAUAAGAGUAAAAGAAGGACCAAAACAGUAAAGAAAAGUCUAGAGCCAAAGUGGAAUCAAACUUUUCUCUACUCACAUGUACAUCGUAGAGAUUUUAGAGAACGAAUGCUUGAAAUCACAGUAUGGGAUCAGCCAAGAGUACAAGAAGAAGAGAGUGAAUUUCUUGGAGAGAUUCUUAUAGAGCUGGAGACAGCACUUUUAGAUGAUGAACCACAUUGGUAUAAGCUACAGACACAUGAUGAAUCUUCACUACCUCUGCCUCAGCCAUCACCAUUCAUGCCAAGAAGACAUGUUCAUGGUGGAGAGAGCACUAGCAAAAAAUUACAAAGAUCUCGGCCAAUCAGUGAUAGUGACAUCUCAGAUUUUGAUGUUGAUGAUGGUAUUGGAGUUGUUCCUCCAGUAGGUUAUAGGUCUAGUACUAGAGAAAGUAAAUCCACAACGCUAACUGUGCCAGAGCAGCAAAGAACAACAACGCAUCAUCGUUCACGUUCUGUGUCUCCUCACCGUGGUGACGAUCAGGGCAGGCCCCGUUCACGUUUACCAAAUGUGCCAUUACAGAGGAGUUUAGAUGAAAUUCAUCAGAUGAGAAGAUCACGUUCUCCAACUAGACACCAUGAUGCCUCCAGAACUCCAGUUGAUUACAGAUCCAGAGAGAUGGAUAGUCAGUAUUUGUCUGAUCAAGAAAGUGAGCUUCUUAUGCUGCCCAGAGCAAAGCGAGGAAGAAGUGCAGAGUGCCUACACACCAUCAGCUCAACUCUUCCUGCAUGUGCUAAGACCAAACCCGUGAUUAGACAGGAUAUUUCACUCCUUCAUGAUUGCCUUAACUUACGAAUAUCGAAAUUUGGAGAUGAUCUACUGGUUAGUGAACUGCAGCCCUCCCUUGACAGGGCUAGGAGUGCUAGUACCAACUGCUUGAGACCAGAUACUAGUUUGCAUUCACCAGAACGAGAAAGGGGUAGAUGGUCCCCCUCCCUAGAGAGGAGACGACCUACUAGUCCCAGGAUUCAUAUCCAGCAUGCAUCUCCGGAGGAUGACAGAACAAGGACGCUGGAGUCUUGCAUUCCAAAACAGGACAGUGUAGACCACCUAAGUGCUAAACCUGGAGCAGCACAGAGGCAGUCCAGAAAAGUGGAAAGAUAUAGCAGCCAAAAACAAGCUAGGAAAGGCCCUGCAGCUGAAGCAGAAAGAGCACAUCAGCAAGGAAGUCCCACGCAGUCUCCUCCUGCAGACACCUCCUUCAGCAGUCGUAGGGGAAGACAGCUACCACAAGUUCCAGUAAGAAGUGGCAGUAUAGAGCAAGAGCAAGAGAAUUUUAACUCUUCCACAAAAGGACAGUACAAAUCAAUCUUACCUGUUUGUUGGUUAUGCCUCUGUCAAGAUUUGGGCUGCAUUGGAUAUUUUUUUUGUUUAAAACAAUGGACUUUAUGCAGACAAACUAGACUGUCUCUAACAGCAAGCUUAGUAGUGGAGGAGCGAACGAGACAGAUGAAAAUGAAAGUGCACCGUUAUAAUCAGACAUCAGGGUCUGGUUCUAGCCAAGAACAUGAGCGUGAGCAAUAUACCAAGUAUAAUAUACAAACAGAUCAGUACAGAAGUUGUGAUAACGUCUCUGCCAAAUCAUCAGACAGUGAUGUCAGUGACGUGUCAGCCAUUUCCCGAACCAGCAGUGCCUCUCGCCUCAGCAGCACAAGUUUUAUGUCAGAGCAAUCCGAGCGCCCUCGGGGCAGGAUCAGUACAUUUACUCCUAAAAUGCAAGGCAGACGGAUGGGGACUUCAGGGAGAAUCACAAAGAGCACAAGUGUGAGCGGAGAGAUGUACAAGCUGGAGCACAUUGACGGGAGCCAGUCGGACACGGCUGUCGGCAUGGUUGGAACAGGUGGGAAGAAAAGGCGUUCCAGCUUUAGUGCCAAGGUGGUUGCCAUAGUGUCUCGAAGGAGCAGAAGCACAUCUCAACUUAGUCAAACAGAGGCUGGCAGCAAGAAGCUAAAGAGCACGAUACAGAGAAGCACAGAAACAGGAAUGGCAGCAGAGAUGAGAAGUCGUAUGGUUCGACAGCCAAGUCGAGAAUCCACUGACGGCAGCAUAAAUAGUUAUAGCUCCGAGGGCAAUUUAAUAUUUCCUGGAGUACGGCUGGGCGCUGACAGUCAGUUCAGUGAUUUCCUCGAUGGACUGGGACCUGCACAGUUAGUAGGCCGACAAACACUAGCAACCCCUGCCAUGGGUGACAUCCAGAUUGGAAUGGUGGAUAAAAAAGGCCAGUUAGAAGUAGAAGUCAUUAGAGCCCGUGGCCUCACACAAAAACCUGGCUCCAAAUCUACCCCAGCUCCAUAUGUUAAAGUGUAUUUACUGGAAAAUGGAGCAUGUAUAGCUAAGAAGAAGACAAGAAUUGCAAGGAAGACGCUUGAUCCUCUGUACCAACAGACACUGGUUUUCGAGGAAAGUCCACAGGGUAAAGUCCUUCAGGUAAUAGUCUGGGGAGACUAUGGCCGAAUGGACCACAAAUGCUUCAUGGGAGUUGCCCAGAUCCUUCUGGAGGAACUGGAUCUGUCCAGCGUGGUAAUAGGCUGGUAUAAAUUAUUUCCACCUUCAUCACUUGUGGAUCCAACAUUGACUCCCCUGACACGUAGGGCUUCCCAGUCAUCUCUGGAAAGUUCAACUGGGCCUCCCUGCAUUAGAUCAUAGUAGCAGGUGCUGUCUAUUCAAAACCAUCACCCAGGAUAACAAUUGGAACCAGAUAUUCACAUGAUCAACAAAACACUGUUGGAGAGAGACAAUCACUUCCGUUUUUGCUUGUAGUAGUUAUCCAAACGUAUGUCUGUCUGUUGAGAGAUGGCUUAAAUUGACAGAACAAAGGUAUAUCACAUACAGCUAAUCUAUUAGCAGAUACCACUGAUGCUUAUAAUGAAAAAAAAAAAAAAAGAAAGAAAGGAAAAAGAAAAAAAGAGAGGGACAUUUAGAUUCGACCUAAGUCAAAAAUGACCCAAACUGGAAGCUCUCACUCUGUUAAAAAUGUUGUUUUUCCACAUUUUGAGAGAGCCCUCAAGCAGUGUUACCUUCCUGGUGUUUCAGCAGUUUUUCUGUACUUGUCACUUCCACUAGUUUUUUGCCACGUGAUUCUGCUAGUUUUGUAGAAGUCCUCACAAUGCGAACAGAGACCCUUCCUUUCUUUUUCUAAACCAAACAAAAAAGGGCUGAAGCAUAUCUCUGUAAGCAUCGUUAAAAUGUUCAACAGCCACAGUUACAAUUCCAGCAAGUUCAAAUUGUUCCUCAGUUCUGGUACUGGGAACCCAGAACAAAUGACCAAUCUAAGUUAUAUUCUUAAAAAUAAAAAUCAUCACAGUGCCACUUUUUCUUUGUAAAAAGCAAAUAUGUUUGCAUUAUAUAUAUAUAUAAAAUAACUUUUCUGUUUAUGAUGUUUUGCAUGGAAGAAUUUUGAAGAAUUCUGCAACUACUGCUGGGGACUGGUAUAAAGCAGCUUUAGUCUUAAUUUUGACAUUGAAUAUGUUACUGGUAAUGCAAUUUUCCUCCUAGAAAUGGAGAGGAAAUACUUACGUUUCUGUGUAUAAAUGUAUAUUUGACUUCCCAAAAUGUUGACCAGGAAUGAAUUGAGCAUAUGACACUUUCAGCUGUACCCAGGCUUCUCUGAUGUGUGUCGCUUCAGACGCACCUGUCUGCCCUGGAUAGAGCAUGGUAUGAGUUGUUCAAUGUUUCACUGGAGAUUCCAGUUGAAAUAUUCUGCACUUACUAAUGUUUUUACCAAAUUUUAGUUUACAUUUCUUUGAGAUUGAUGCAAGCACAAGGCUUGAUUUUUUAACGCAAGAUAUCUUACUUUUUGGAGAAAAAAAAAUCAAAUUUCAAUUUGCUUUCUAUUCAUUUGAGUUCUUGGCCUUGAAAUCCCUUGUGAUAUUCUGUAAAUGUGCGAAGAACUGCAGAUUCCUGCAGGUGCAUUGAUAUGUUUCCCCUCCUUUUACAGGCCAUUCAAUUUUGUGAUCACACAAAUAGAGCAGCAUGACUUGGAACUGUUCAAAGCUGCAUGCACGUUUUGUAAAAAGAGAUGAAAAAAGGUUAUUUAAUAAUGUAUGUUAGUUCCACAUAGGCCAGCUUGUAUGUUGCAUGUACUUGUACAGUUUGCUCGUAAUUACUAUACUGAAGUAACCAAGAAAUCUAAGCCAUCCAUUUUUCUUAUAGACAUUUUGCAGGUUUUAGCCAGGCUAGGUCUGUGGGUCUGGUGCUAAAUGUCUAUAGAUGGACUUUAUUUUUUACCCUAUGGAAAACGUGAUGUAGUACGGACCAAAUUCCUUCUAAUAACUAUUUUGGUGUAGAUUCCUACUGUGGGGCUGUAACACAUGUAGAAACUGUGUACACACUAGGUUUUAAUUCAUAGACAUACUGCCUGCACCAAGUGAACUAUUUAUUAUUACUCAACACAUGGGAAUUAUUCUGCCCAUCUUUCCAUAGGGCACAGAUUGGUUACUGCUCGACCUGCUGAGCAGGAAGAACUCAAGCAUUGGUGCACUACUACUAGAUCCUGUUCUGUCUUAGUGGACAAAAACCAACUAGCUAUAAUUCGAUAGUAUCUUUCUAUUUUGACCACUUGUCUUAACACUCCCCUGUGCUUUUAAAUGAACUUCCAACUCAUGUUAUGUAAACAUGUUUAAUAAAAUUUCCUUUUCAUGUC